CCACAUCUUUUUUCGUAUCCUGACAAGCUUCUUCAGGUACUAUGACGGUGGCAGCAGCAGUAAGAUGGGCCAUAUCAAAAAGAGCUCUCUUGAAGCAUUUAUUUCCAAUCCAAAAUGGAGCUUUAUCUCAUGUUUGCUGUAAAUCUACGUAUUCUUCUCUUCCAGAUGACUAUAAUUGCAAAGUAGAGCUUGCUUUGACAUCUGAUGGCAGGACAAUAGUAUGCUACCACCCUUCUGUGGACAUUCCAUAUGAACACACAAGACCUAUGCCUCAACCAGAUCUUGUCCAUAAUAUUGAAGAAACACAUGAUCAAGUGCUGAAAACCAGAUUAGAAGAAAAUGAAAGUGAAUUCCUUGAGCAAGGACCCAUGAUAGAACAACUUAGCAAAAUGUUCUUCACAACGAAGCAUCGUUGGUAUCCUCGCGGGCAGUAUCACAGACGUUGUAUGAAACUGAAUCCUCCAAAAGACAGAUGAUAUUGAGAUUCAUGGGAGAAUCGAAGAGAAAUGUUAUCCUGUGCUUAGUUUGCCACUGGAAG